CCGAGAGGUGCGUCGUGCUGAACUCGCGCGCGAAGUGGGACGGGCAGGAGCGCGACCUCAGCGGCAGCGAGCUGCUGCAGAUGGCCGGGCGUGCGGGCCGCCGCGGGCUGGACGAGCGGGGCAACGUGGUCCUCAACUUCCACCCCGUCACCACGCAGGCCUGGCGCGCGACAAGCUGACCUCCGGUGCCGAGCCGCUGCAGUCCAACUUCCAGCCGUCGUACCAGAUGCUGUGCGCCCUGCUGCAGGCCUGGACCCCGCGGCAGCUCAAGGCCACCGUGCGCGGCAGCUUCGCGGCGUUCCUGGGCGCCUUGGAGGCGGAGGCGGGCCCGAGCACCACGCCUUGGCGCAGCUGCCGCGAGCGGGGCCUGCGGAUGCGGCGGAUGGCCGCGGCGCGGGAGCUGCGCGGGCUGCGCGCCCAGCUGGGCAGCUUCGAGCAGGCCUCGCAGGUGGAGGAGUACGCCCGCCUGGCGGCGGACGUGCGCAAGCUGGAGCACCAGCUCGAGCUCGAGCGCGGGAGGCAGGCGUGCUCAGCCGCCUUGUUCAAGCAGCUCGGGGAGCAGCUGGGCGACGGCGAUCUCGACGAGAGCGACGGGCUUGUGAAGGUGUUCCGCAACUUGAGCGAGAUGAAAGAGGAGACAGAGGAUUUGAGCCAGGAGGAAGCGGCGCUGGAGCAGGCGCGCGAGGCCCUCCGCGGGCACCCGCUGCACGACUCGCCCGAGGUCCGCCGCCUGGCCGAGGCGGCCGACCGCCGCCGCGAGCUGCGCCGGCGC